AUGAGUGAAAUUAAUUACGCAGACAAGACAAAAACGACAACAAUACAAACGCCUAGGCCCUCGUCACCGCGUAAAUUCUUUGCACGAAUAUACGGGCACCUUGAACAGCCAAAGGCUAAAGCAAAAGAGAGUCAGGGCUCUGAGAGUGAGUCGUCCUCUGACGUGGAAAUUGGCGAGAGUGAGGGUAGACAGAGUGUUCAAGUCUCGCCGGUGUGGCAGCCUCCACAUCCUUUGCCGCUUUGUCCGCGCCCUGUCCUCUUACCACACCAGCAGUUGGCCUUCGGUGCUGGUCUUGCAGCUUUCCUAGCUCGCAGGAGGCGUAAGGAAAGUCGUCCACGACGACAGCGCACUACGUUCUCUGCACAUCAGACGUUGCGCCUUGAGCUGGAGUACGCGCGAGGCGAAUACGUUGCUCGAGCACGAAGGUGUGAACUUGCAUCUGCUCUUUCUUUGAGUGAAACUCAAGUGAAAAUAUGGUUCCAGAAUAGAAGAGCCAAAGAUAAGAGAAUAGAAAAGGCACACUUGGAUCAGCAAUACAGACAACUAGCGGCAGCGACCGGUUUCUUCCCACCGAUGUUCCCGGCCCCAUACGGACCACCGCCAUGCCCCUGUUUGCCUGUGCAUCCUUCACCAAGCCUCGACAAAUAA